AACUUGUAUGACCAACUGCGGAGAGAAUUUGGCCCCAAUUGCCUUCCACCAUUCCCUCCGAAAAAAUUGUUGCCUCUUACUCCUGCACAAACAGAAGAGAGGAGAGCUCAACUGGAGAAAUUUGUUCAACUGGUUAGCCAAGAUGCACGUGUUGCAAAUAGUGAUGUUUUUAUGGGCUUCCUAUUGUCUGCUCAGCAAGAGACUCAAAAUGCUGCAGAAGAAAAUAUUUCUCUAGAUAUUCAUCUCAUGAAUUGGCAAAAAGUCAACAUCAGGGUAUCCUCUCUAGCUCGCACAUCUAUAGUAUUGGAAGCUGUCUGCAAGUCUUUGAAGUUAGAUGAAAAGUAUAUGUGGUACUUUUGUAUAUAUCUUGUUAGUAAAUGCAACAGUGAAAUAUCAGUUGAAAGACGAUUGCAAGAUUUUGAAUCUCCAUAUCUCACUCUGAAAUCAGCUGGAAUCAAUCAUUAUUUGGUCAUACGUAAAAGUUAUUGGGAUUCAUCAUACGAUGAUGACUUACUAGAGGAUAAAACUUGUCUUAAUCUUUUAUACGUCCAAGCAGUUAGUGAUGUUGAAAGAGGCUGGACGCGGACAGAUAGCGAAUCCAGGAGAAAACUGGUAGCACUGCAAGCACGAGGGUCAAAAAAAGAGUACCUUCAACUUGCAAGAAGCCUUAAAUUCUAUGGCCAUAUACAGUUCCGGCGUUGCGUUUGUGAUUAUCCUACCCCUAACACAAGUGUUACCAUUAGUGCAGGUGGCAGAGAACUAGUUUUUUACUUUGAUUCUGAUCCAUUGACAGAUUCGGAUGGAAAUCAUGGAUCUUUAGUUAAAUUGAAACUUGAGUUAUCAUUUGAAUACCUUAUCAGCAAAGAUCGUUUGAGAUGGAUUUGUAUCAACAGUGACCAGGCUAUAUUGAUGAGUGUGUGUUUACAAGGAAUGGUGGAUGAAUUAUUAUUAAAAAGGCGGGGUGUUAAAGCUGGAGAAAAGAAUGAAAGAUCUGGCCGCAGAGGAUCCUGGAAUUACAUGAAAAGAGAUGGCAGCAGCCAUCAGAUAUCGUCUUCCGUUGGCCGUUCUGUGUCUACUGAUGGUAUUGUUCACAGUGCCAGUAGGGAAGAUUCUAGUAACAUAUUAGGAAGAUCUAAAGACCAAGUUAGAAAAAUAACGGAAAAGUUUUCUUCUAAACAUGUUAAGAAUGGACCUUCUUCCCCGAAACCUCUAGUUGAGAAUGAUGCCUUCGAAGGUAUUGGAGAUGACGAUCUGUGAAAGGAAAACAGAAAACUGAUUCCAUAUUCAAACUUCAGCACUUGCUGGAAGCUGUUUCCACUUUUGCUGUCAGUGAUUUUCGAUGGGCAGCAUACAGAUACACAAAGAUUACAAUGACUAUCUUUAAAUGUUUUCUUUUUUUAAAUUUUAAAAUGUUUUUAUUGAGAUGAAUUUUGUUUAAUUUUGUAAAGAUUCAUUAUAGGAAGUUGAAUAUUUUUGAUUAUUCAACUUCCUGAAAUUUGUCUAAGUGGUUUUAGAAGUGAUUUUAAAAUGUGGUAACAUUUAAUAUAAAAAGUUUUAUCUGUUGUAAUUUGGUUACAUGUUCUAUUAUAAGCCAAUAUAUAACACUACUGUUGUUUAAUGUAGUGGAACGUUGAGAAUACUAUGUUAUAAAUAAAAAAGAAUGAAAUAUGCCAAAUAAGCUACAUGGUUUAUUCAAAUAAUAUCAUAUCAAGAUUUUAUGGGUAACAUUUUUUAAUUGUUGAUACAAAAUGGAAUUCACAUAAAAAACAAGAGUGGGAUUAUUACAUUAAAUAUCAUUUCUUAUCUUAAAAAAGCAAAUAAAUUUGUAAUUUUUUUUUGGUUUGAAAGUCAGCUGAAAUUUACAUUGAUAGUUUUAAUGUAAUUUAAAUGCAUUUAUGCACAAGUGAAUGCACAGCUUUUAUGACACAGACAAUGAAAUUAGUUGUUUCUGUAUUCUGUUCAGUGCUGAUAGUAUGAUAAACAUGAUUUAAAAUUGUAUCAAGCUUUGAACAUACAGCGCUAUUCAUGAUUCUGUAAAACAUUUAAACGAAUUUUUGUAAAAUAAACUACCAAUUGUUUCAUGACAGAGGAAGCUAUUCUUAAAGUGUUUUUUUUUUUUUUUUUUUUUUUUUUUAAUGAAAGACAUGAUUACAUAGUGUCCAUGAUUUUCUGGUGCAUUAUUUUAACUGUGCAGUGAUGAUUUCGACAGAAUUUCAUAAGCUGCACCUAUUUUCAAUAGUAUCAGUAAGUGGUAUGGGAAAUGCUUUCUGUGUACAGCUUCUUUAUUGGGACAUACGACUUAAACUUGUAAUUUACCGAAGUUUAUGCCAGUCUUUAUGCCUGCACUCUCAGAUAAUUUCCAAUAUCAUUGCAAUUGUAUCAUCAGUAUUGUGGCUCUUGUCAGAUAUGGUAUGCAGAUGUGCACGUCGCAGUUGAUCAAAACUGGCCGAUAUGGAGCAACACUUUUAACUGUGGAAUGAAAUGGAUUAUUGCAUAGAUGUUUGUCAUGUGAGGAGAGACAUGUUGAACAUUUGUGAAAUAGAUUAAAAAAGAAUGAGAGAAAACUUAGUUUUAUUUCAGAACAUUAAAAUUUGAUAUCACUUGAGUAGUUUAUUUGUUAAGAAUUUUAAAAUCAUGUUGCAGAAUUAUGAAGAACUCUGUAUAUUUUGUUUUCAAUUCACAGUUUUUAAGUUUAAUCUAUUUUUAAAAGCAUGAGGAAGUGUAUAAUAAAGUGUUAAUACUAUCUGUCAGCAAAUAAAUUAUUCUGAACGUUCUAUUGCAUGAAUUUUUAGAAAUAUAUUGUAUGGCCUGUACUACUUAUUGCAAACUUUUUUGUAAAUAUAUAUAUUCUUAUUUUUGUAAAAUAAAGUACUUUAUUAGGUUUGA